AUGGUGGAUCCGCAUCCCGUGGGUUUCAGAUUUCGUCCGACCGACGAGGAGAUCUUCAACCCUUACCUCAAGUCGAAGAAUAUGGAUGGUAACACGAGUCAUGUAGAUGAAGUCAUUAGCACAGUCGACAUCUAUAGCUUCGAUCCCUCGGAGUUAGCUUCCCAGUCGAGCACGACGAGGAAGGAGACGGACAAUGUUUUGUAUUUCUUCUGUCCGAAGGAGAACAGAUAUAACAGAGGAGAGAGACAGAGCAGGAAAACCAAGUCUGGUUCUUGGAAGAAAACCGGAGUUACAACGAAUAUCAUGCGAAAGAGAGGAGAUUGCGAGAAGAUUGGUGAGAAAAGGGUCUUUGUGUUUCAGUACAGUAAGAUUCUUGGUGGAACGAAACUUAAGUCCGAUUGGGUUAUGCAUGAAUAUGUCGCUACGUUCGUGUCUCCUAACCCCGAUGGUGACAUAUACACUAUGUAA